UUUUGGGUGUUAGUUCGCCGUCGGCCUACGAUGAGGUAUAUAUACUACAUUGUAUCUGUCAUGACAUACACUGUCCCCUCCAAAAAUCAUGUCUACUGUUAAGUCUAGAUCUCACCGUCACAACUUUGGGUCUUUGCCCGCUGCCCCUGCCUCUCCUCAAUGGUCUCCAAAGGCAGGGCCCAGUCGCAUACCACUCGACGCCCCUGUCACCGAUCCAAGUCAUGCUGACCAUUACGGUUGUUCCGAUACUAGUCUCGACAGGCGUAUCCCACGAGGACUCGUAAAUCUGUUCGACGACGAUGUGGACCCUCAGUCAGAGAUGGCCCUAAUGCUAACCAAAGACGACAGUCGUUUGGCUGAAAUAGACGAGAAUAAGGAAAAGAUGGAUGCCGUUAUGCAAACUGUGAUGGAUCCGACUCGGACGCUAGAAGAACGCCAACUAGCAAGGGAUUUCAUGGAAUCUCUUGCAGUGGAAUCGCAAGUAAGGGCUAUCCGGGCCGAAGAAGAAGCUCGGAAGA